CUUCUUUUAUUUGAAUUCAACAAAAUUGUCCAGUAUGAAGAUUUUGGCCAACAAAGCUUUUUUUUUUUAUUUAAAUAAAUUUUAGUUUAGUAAAAUUCCACACAGGCUUUUAUUUAGAAAACGUCGUAAGCGGAAAUGGUGUCUUUCGGUGUUUUUUUUUUAGUUUCCGGGAGUUUUGGCAGCGAUGUCGUCCAACCUUCCACCGUGUACCGAGCUGACAGCCGCCAGGAUGACACCACGGUUAACACACACACAAACACCAACAACUAAAACAGCAGCUAUAAAGCCGGCAGAACGGCAGAAGGAGACACAAAAAGACGAGGACGACGAGAGCAAAGAGACUCGAGCUGAGAAACUUUCUACCUGAAGCUGAACCAUGGGCGUCAUCAUCUCACAGCUGUUUUCCAGGUUCACCUCCAAGACACCUGUCAGGAUUUUAAUGGUCGGUCUGGACGCUGCAGGCAAAACAACCCUCCUCUACAAACUGAAGCUGGCCGAGGUCGUAACUACCAUCCCGACUAUUGGUUUCAAUGUGGAGACAGUGGAGUAUAAGAACAUCAGUUUUACAGUUUGGGAUGUUGGUGGUCAGACUAUCAUCAGACAGCUGUGGAAACAUUAUUACACUAACACACAGGGUUUGAUAUUUGUGGUCGACAGUAACGACCGUGAGAGGAUUAAAGAAGCUGCUGAUGAGCUGCACAUGAUGAUGGAGGAAGACCAGCUGAGGGGCGUGGCCCUGCUGGUUUUUGCGAACAAGCAGGAUUUGCCGAGAGCCAUGUCUGUUGGUGACAUCACUGAGGCCCUAGGCCUAUCAGGAGUCCAACAACCGUGGUUUGUUCAGUCCUCCUGUGCGGUCAGUGGUGCCGGGCUGGUCGAGGGUUUGGACUGGCUGUCCAAGCAGGUCCUGAAAUCGUAGCAGAUGUUGGAACGCUGAAGCGGAGUCUUUAAUCUACAAAGUGAGCCAAACCGGUGGAUCCAUCUGAGCUGUGUACCUUACACUGGCUCCCUUUCUGCUUUCCUGUGAAUUUUAAGGGUUUGCACUCUAUGGGCCCAACUUAUUUGAGUGGGUUGUUAAACCCAGAGCCCUGAGGUCAGCUGGCCAGCUAUUAGCUGUCCCUGGCUAAAAACCAGGGGUGAUAGUCUUUUCUGUGGAACAGUCUCCCUCUGUUUGUCAGGUCCUCUCAGUCUUUAGGACAGUUUAAGUCUAGACUGAAAACACCCCUCUUCUUCCUGGCCUUCAAUGCUGGCUAAAUGGAGAAUACUUCGGCUCGUUAGUUUUAUUUGGGAUUCUUUGUUUCUGCAAUUGCAGGUGUUAUUGUGAAGCACUUUAGUUAACUGAUUUUCUUGUUUUUAAAUCUGCUAUAUAAUUACAUUUAAAUGAAAUUGAAUUUAAGACAGUCACAAUUUAUGUUUUUACUUUUCUCAUAGAUGUGUGGUGUAAACAACUAUGAGGUUUGAAUUCUAUGUUUCACCACUAAUAUCACAGUUAAAUGAAGAAAAUGGAAAUAAAGUUUCAAAUUUAAAACCAUUAAAAAAACAUUUAUAGGAGGGAGCAUAUUGUGCCUUUUUUUUUUUUUGCUUAUACUUUUUAUUUACCUAUACUACAAAUCAUGACUUAUAAAUGAACAAGAUUUCCUUUUUUCUUUCAAAGAAAGAAAACAAACCGGGUAUUUACAUACUGUAAAUAACUGGUUCUCUUAAGGUCUUUGUUUGAAACCAGACAUACAAACAUUUAACUGCACUGAUUUUUUUUUCUCUUUUAUUUUAUAGCUUUAAAAUUCACAAAGCUGAGACCAGAUGCAUAAACUGAUGACUAAAACUUUUUAUGCAAAAACCCGAUUUCUCUUGUUUUUAGUCAUCAAUCAAUGGGGAUUCUCCUCACUUCAUUAUUUAUAUUUAAAAACUCUGUUUGUACCAUAAUGAAAAGACAUUGAAAGCAAUACAAAGAACAGAUUAAAUGAAUGUAAAGCAGAGUCACAACCUCAGUGCACGGCUGCAGUGAUUUCUAGUGCCUAUAGUUGAAUGAGUAGCUUUCGAAACACUAAUAAACUUAAUCUGAAACAAAUCACUGUCUUACCACUGCAAUUAUUUUUUAAUAUUGUAGCUUUUCUUCUUCACUAUAUACAGGAAAAAGAUGUGGUUCAUCUUUUAUGAAUUCCAGUUUUGUGGAGAAAAAGGUUAAUACAUGAUUUUUGUAUGUAUGCUGUAUUUAUGUCUCAGUGCUGAUUGUUAUAUUUACACACAUCUCAUCCUGCAGCACAUUUAUAAAAUUAUUUUGUAUUUCUUUUUCUCCCUUCAGCUACUUUUAUAAUUGAAAAUGUUGAUUUAUACAUACUUCAUAUUAUGAAUAAUAAAUGUAUUUAAUCUUUAUUUCCUUUGUAUUUAUUUUAAAUUUGAAAAUAUGUCUUAAAAUAAACCUGU